CCCCAACUUCGACCCAGACCGCUGGCAAGCUUGUUUCAAAUGUUAUCGCUCAUCAAGGCGACGUGAUCAGCCCUACCACGGAUGGUUCGAUGUCUGGUGUUUCCCCAAGUCUAGUUUCCGUUCUACCGAGCCCUUUUUCCUUCUAGGUGUGGGCAGAAGCCAACAGAGAGACGCUGCCAGCGUUAGGGCAACACAUCCGAUACCUGCCUCCUGCGGGAUUUACUACUUCGAAGUGAAAAUCGUGUCUAAGGGCCGAGAUGGGUACAUGGGAAUAGGGCUCUCCGCACAAGGAGUCAAUAUGAACCGACUGCCGGGAUGGGAUAAGCAUUCGUUUGGCUAUCAUGGAGAUGACGGCAAUGCGUUCUGCGCGUCAGGCUCAGGACAACCCUAUGGGCCCACGUUCACAACUGGUGACGUCAUUGGUUGUGGAGUGAAUAUGUUGGACAAUAGUUGUUUCUACACUAAAAAUGGUCAGAACCUAGGAAUCGCUUUCCCCAAUUUGCCUCCGAAUCUAUAUCCGACUGUCGGGUUGCAAACCCCGGGAGAAGUCGUGGAUGCCAAUUUCGGCCACCAGCCUUUCAUGUUCGAUAUCGAAUCGAUGAUCGAGGAUCUCAGAAGACGUACCAUGAGUACCAUUGAACACUUGCCCGCCCGAGACGCACAAGGCGAUUUCCAGAGAACGCUCCACAGCGUAACCCUCUCGUAUUUGUUGCACCAUGGGUACUCGGAGACUGCAGAAGCUUUCGCGAAAUCCACCGAUCAGACAUUCAAGGAAUCGCUGGAAUCUGUGAGCCACAGACAAGAAAUUCAACGCUUAAUUCUGUCAGGGCGAAUCGUCGAGGCCAUCGAGCUCACACGGAAAUAUUACCCGUCGCUGCUGGAGAGGAACCGGGAGUUACUUUUCGAGCUCAAAUGCCGCCAGUUUGUUGAGAUGAUCAUACAGAUUUCGCCGAUCAGAAACGAAGCCAGGGGAUCUCUAUCCAAUGAAUCUGGUUGCUCAACAAACGCUGAUGGAGACUCGUCCUCGUUGAAUAUGGAUGAGACGGAGAGUAUGGAAGUGGAGGACAUUGUAAACGACGACGAGCCAUCCGUUCCGGGUCAAGAUGUCACCUUGGAGAGAAUCGUCAACUUUGGAACCGAGCUUUGCGAGCUAGAGAAAAGUCUGAAAGACCCUAGCGGGAAGCUGAGGAGGAUAAGAUUCAGCGCGUGUGCUCUCUUGGCUUACCCCGAUCCGACUAAGUGUCCCGUGUCACAUCUGUUGUCUCCGACAGAGCGCGAACCGGUGUAUGCGGCAUUGAACAGCGCGAUUCUCGAGUCUCUAGGUUUGUCUCGGAGGCCUCCGCUGGAGAUCGCAUUCGCCCAUUGUAAACAACUUCUGAAACUGAUGGCCAGGAAUGGACUCGGAGCUGCAGCAUUCGCAGACUUGAACUCUAUCCUCGAAUAGAGGGGAAUUUCGAUCCAUUUGCUGACUCGACCCGCAUUCUGCCCGCUGCCACGCGAUCCGAUGCGGACUACGGUAUGAAGACUCUUCCUCCUCUGAUAGGAUCAUCUCGAGCGCCUCUAGAGGUCAUGCAUACUGAAGCAACGCUGCUAGGUUUCCGGAAAGCCGAAGAAUCUUGAGGUCUCAAUCUCUCUUCGUCGAUGUCUUCAUAACAUAUUUCAAGAAUAAACUCCUUAUG